AUGCCAUGGAAAAGAAGCACUUACAUAGCUUUUACACCUGUUGUGGAAAAUGCUCAGACACAUCUGAAGCUGAAAGGGCUAGAAUUAAAAGCCAGAAAAAAACAACAGAAGGGAAAAGGAAGGAAGUUGAUAUCUUCAAACACUCAUGGCUCACUCACAGAAAAACUUCAUUCUGUGACAAAACAGGUAAAUAUAAAUGAAACAUACUGUAUAUUAUUAUGUUUUGUCAAUAUUUAAACAUUUUAUGAUAAAAAUGUUGACUAUAAUAAGUUCAGUUUUGCUUUUUACAAUGACCACAACGCCUCUUCUUGGUUUUAAUUUUAGGCAUGUGGUGGUUGGUAUACUGUGAAGGGGAAUAGAAGUUCUGCCUUCUGUGCCGUGUUCAUAACACCAAAAACAAGUACAACAAACAGAACACUUUCAACUCAGCACCAUCCACCAACUACAAGCACAGCGCUGUUCGUGACCAUGAAAGAGGCAGUGGACAUACAUCAACAGUAAUCUGUGAGUUGGAGAGAAGGAAUUCUUCCUUGGCUAACAAGUACAAAGUGGCUCACGAAGUGGCUGAUAAAGUGACCUACAACGCAUUCCUGAGCUCUUAUUGGCUUGGAAAAGAAGAAGUGGCCAACGAGAAACUUCUCUCUCUGAUUGAGUUAGAAAAGCACGUUGGUGUCACGGAAAUGUGA